AUGUCUACUUCUAAUAUUCGAAAGGAUUCGGUUUAUCACCACUUGCCUCACAAAAUUGAACUUCACCAACAACAUCUGCAAGAACAAGAAUCCCAUCAUAUCGAUAAAAAGCGUGCAAACAUUGAAAACACAAGUCCCAACACCAAAAAAGACUCAUUCAUCGAAGAUGAAUCACUCAAUGAACAUACUCAACCAUCCAACAAGGUUUCCAAAAUCGAUCACUCUGAAUCCCCUUAUUUGAUUUUCAAAAUUUCAGUUUCCCAUCUAUCACACUUUUUCAGAACGAUUCACGUUCCUUCCACCAUCAAUUUGCAUUAUUUUUUCAAUAUUGUAAUGGAUGCUUUGGAUUGGAAUAAUGAAACUCAUCGAAUUCAUCCUCAUUACUAUAUUGAUUCUUCUGGAAAAUUCUAUGGAAAUACUAAAAGUAUUCUCCAAAUGCCGUCGUAUGAGAGUAGUGAGAAUGCCACGCAUCGACACUUUCCACACAUUCAGGAAGAACAUGACUUCCUAUUGCAGGAUGUAUUUGCAGAGGAUAAGAAUAGAGAAAUGCAAUUAUUCUAUACUUAUGGAAAGGAGUGGAAAGUGAAUAUUGAAUUGCAAAGUGAUAAACAGGAAAAGUUAGUGGAAGAAAGGAAUAAUUCAUUGGGUGAGAAUAGGUUGGUUUAUUGCAUUGAUGGACAGGGAGGAGAAAUUGAUGAAACGAAUAUGAAGGUUGAAGCUAUUCAAAAAGAUGAAAAUGGCGAAGAGUUUAUCACUUUGAAAGACUUUGGUAAUAUUGUUAAUGAAUCGAAAUUCUAUGGUUACUUUGAUUCCGAAAUGAUUGCUGGUUUAUAUGUUGUUUAUGAGGCAAUGAGCAUCAAUGGAAUGCAAUGUUAUGAGAGUAAGGUUAAGGCUAUCCAACCACUUUUUCAAGAUAACUUUGGAAUGAAUGGAAUUGGCAUUAAAAAUAUGUUGUUUACUCUAUUUGCGAACAGCAUGGCUCGCUCUGCAAUACCUAAAGAGUAUACUGAGAUUGAAGGCUUUUUUGAAGAACGAAUUGAUUUUAAAAGUUAUGAUGAACUACAUAAUCACUUUAAGCAAUAUCUAGAAAAUCCUUUAGAAAACAUUUCAGUAUUGAAGAUAUCGAAGGGAUUUUAUGAUAUUUCAAUCAACACUAGAGAACAAGAAGUGAAUUCACAAAGUGCUAGUGAUGAAACUGUAGCUAUUGAUGAAGAAGAAACUUCCAGAGAGGAAUCUUGUAGAAAGAAACAAAAAACUCUCAAGUAUGAUGAAUCAUGUAAGAUGUAUUUCGUGGAGGAACAUCAAACCUAUCUCUAUCUGGAGUUCUUACCUUACGGUCAGGGUAUUAAGCUUGCUGUAGCAUACAACUAUCCUUUCAUUAAUUAUUCAGAUGAAUAUGAAGAAGAAGAAGAGCACGAAGAUUUGUAUGAUAGAAAUAAGAUGGAAUUGUUUUUCUCCAGAGUAAAAGAUGAGGCAUUCUGCUGGAGAGUUGAAACUCUUCAAUGA